UAAGUGUUUUGUGUUUCAGAUGCAAAAGUGAAGAGUGUGCUGAUGUUCACCCCUACGAAAUUUACUGAAUGGCUGAUACAGCAAGGUCUAGUGCGAAGUGAGCAGUACUGCACCACGCAUGUCAUGCCUGACAACACAACACCCAUCAAACUGAAACUCGGCAUGUAUUCAGAUGUUAGCAAGUUCCCUUACAGUGGGGGCUAUGUCUGGAUCAGCGAGUGCUGCCCUCAACGAUUUGUAUCGGUAUUCAGUGGGUCUAUCUUUGAGGGAGCACCGCACCCACCAACGGUACUUCUGAAACUUAUCUAUCACUGGGCAUGCCAAACUAAUGUUCAGAAUGUGGUACAGUGGGUGAAAGUAGACAACUUUUAUGUGAAGAACUUUUUCACAAACAUGCGCAGCGUUUGCACUGCAGCCAUUCAUGAGAAAUAUGAGAAGAUGGGUGGACUCAAAAAGAGAGUAGAGGUGA